AUGUCCAUCACAAAUGAGAGUGCAAUAACAGAAUUCAUUCUCCUGGGGCUCACAGAUGGCCCCGAACUCCAGCCUCUCCUCUUUGUGCUGUUUCUGGUUGUGGACUUUGUCACCCUCUUAGGAAACCUGGGCGUGGUGGUGUUAAUCAGACUCGACUUUCGCCUUCACGUGCCCGUGUACUUCUUCUUCACUAAUUUAGCCUUUGUAGAUUGGUGCUAUACCUGGAACGCAACCCCGCAGAUGUUGACUAAUUUCUUACCAGAAGAGAAGACCGUCACCUUCGCUGGCUGCUUUACACAGUGUUACAUAUUCAUUGCACUUCUCCUGACUGAGAUUUACAUGCUGGCAGCAAUGACCUAUGACCGCUACUUGGCCGUAUGCAACCCUCUGCGCUACAGUGCGAAAAUGUCCAGGCGUGUCUCCAUCUGCUUAGCCACAUUUCCUUACGUCUGUGGCUUCUCAGAUGGGCUAUUCCAGGCCAUCCUGACCUUCCACUUGACCUUCUGUAGAUCUAGUAUCAUCAACCACAUCUACUGUGCUGAUUCGCCACUCGUGAAGCUUUCUUGCUCUGAUACUUAUGUCAAAGCAGCCAUGCUCAUACCAGCUGGCUUCAACCUCUCCAACUCUCUCACCAUCAUCCUGGUGUCCUAUGCCUUCAUUAUUGCUGCCAUUCUCCGCAUCAAAUCAGCAGAGAGAAGGCACAAGGCAUUCUCCACCUGUUGUUCCCAAGUGAUGGCUGUUACUCUAUCUUAUGGAACUCUCCUCUGCAUGUAUGUAAGACCACCAACAGAUAAGACUAUUGAAGACUCAAAAAUAGUAGCUGUCUUCUAUACUUUUCUAAGCCCAGUGCUUAAUCCAUUCACCUACAGUCUGCGGAAAAAAGAUGUAAAGCAGGCCUUGAAGAAUGUGCUCAGAUGA